GAUCAGCACUGAAUUGGUGGACGGCUAUUCGGACCUCUUCUUCUCGAGUUCACCAACCAAGCCAUAAUUGCAAUCUUUCUUUUUUCAACCAACAAAACACCAAAGCCCCGAUUCAAAAUAAUAUCCUUUCACCUGUCCCUUACGGGCAGAUGCCCUCAAAGUUGCUUUAUCCCAUCCAACCCUAAUCCCCUCAACCCUUUUUCACUGCCAACUACUCCUUAUAUAUAUGCACAUAAUGCCCCACUAAUCACGUCUUAGUCUGGUUAUUGGAAAUACCUCUUUUUUUUUCAGGUAUAAAGCCGGCUGUUUUUCCAGACCAACAAAACACACUUUUCCUUGUUUCGUUUCAGUUUUUUUUUUUUGGCUUCAUUUCUUCCCUUGUUUAGACCGAAAAUCGAAGCAUUCCACUGGUUAAUUAAAGUUCUUUACCAGCGGCUGAGCUCCAAGUGUCAGUUACAAUAAGAAGGAAAUUAAUGAAGAACGUUUCGAGGAACAAGUUUUUGCUCUGUUUUAGACCCGUAGUUGAUAUGGACUUGAUGCUUGACCCCAAAGCAGUCGUGGUUGAUCCUUCCCAAAAUCGUCGGGCCUUAACGUAUCUCACCGUCAAAAACAAGGCAGAUAUUAUGAAGCCUUCAACCACUCAGUCUUCGUCUUCUUCUUCAGUUUCUGAUACAGAGAAUUCAAUCAUGGUUCAUCGUCCCGGGAAGAAAAGAUUUUCCCAUGUCAUCAAAGCUGUUGUAUUCGAGAUCUUAUUGGCUAAGAGGGUUAAAGAUAGAAAAGGUAUCCCAUUAAGCAGCCAUGGUAAGUUGUUGGAUACAAGUGCUGAUGAAUCAGUAAACAAGGUUUCAGCCGCCGAGGGAGUUCAAGGUACUGUUUCAAAGCCUAACUCAGUCCCAAAUUCAACGCAAAAAACAAGCAAACAUCAAGAACCAGAGAUGAAGCCGAAACAAGAAGGAAUCCAGAAGAGUUGUUCAAGUUCAAGUUUAAGCAAUGCCAUAUUUAUGCUUGUUAUUAGUCUGGUAGUGACCAUAUUCUGGGGCAAAAUUUGUGCAAUACUUCUUACAUCAAUUUGGCUGUACUUUCUCCCUCACCACCAACAGCCUGCAGGAGUUAUUGAGAACCUGGAAAGCAUUACAAAAAGCUCGGAAAAGAAGUCAAAAGAUUAUUACAGAAAGAAGGUCAUAAUGGAAGGGUUACUUCAAAGGAAACAAAGCAAAGGGGCAUUCAAUUUUUGACAUUAAAAUUUUCUGUUCGCAACAGACAAAAUACACAAGCAUCAGUUUCUUCUUUCUUGUGCAGUAAAUUUUUUUUCUUUUUAUUUGGGGAAGAUUUCAGAGCAUUCAUUAUUUAUUAAAUUCUUUCAUUCCAA